UGUGAAAACAAAAAGUGAUUUAAGUGAUUAAAUUGACAUUAAAUUAUGUUAGAUAAAUGAGAAUGUGUGUGUGUGUUAGGUUUUUAAUUUAUUACUAUUAAAACAAUAUGAAAAAUUCAACAAUUUGGGAAUCAGCCAGUCGUCCGCUAUUUGUGCGUACUGUAUGGCUAGAGGGCUCAGAGUUAAGACGUGGUUUGCAAAGACAUUUUCUAUUGGAUUAUGACACUAAAAGGCCUUUGGAAAGAUUAAAUUCGGCACUAAAUCCCUUGCAGCAGAAGCGUAAAGAAAAUUUAAAACGUUCUAUUUCCUUUGAGCUAAAUGAUUUUAACGAUUUGGAGGAUUUGCACAACAACGAUCCCGAUAGUUUUCUUAUAGGUUCGGCCAAAGUAAAACUACAUGAACCCUCUAAACUAGCAGCAGAUAAAAAGUUGAAAUUACAUAAAUCCCGCCGAUCAUCAUUAUACAAACGCAAGUUUCAAAGUUAUGAUAGUUAUCACACCUAUUCCUCCAAAGCUAAUAGUCGAAGACCCUCAGAUAUUUCGGAAUUGUUUUCACGCAAAAACUCUUUACAACAUCCCCAAAUAGCCGAAACAGCUGAUGAACUUUUAGCUGAAAGAGUUUUACAUUGGUUGGAUUUAGCUGGUAAAGAAGAAUUUCUAAAAAAUCUAUCUGAAUUAAAGGAAAUGGAGGUGAAAUUAAGUAAAACCUCUAAACUAAGGCAAGAUGCCAUUAAGAGAUAUAAUUCCAAAUCCCAAAAUUCACAAAGACCUAAACCGCCUAAAAGUAAAGCAGGUCAAAGGGCUGCCACCGCUAAUGCUCAGCUAAGUAAUCAAAGGAAUUGUAAAUCCUCGGAAGCUGUCAAACAUAUAACCAUUAUAUUCAAUAAAGAAGGUCAACCUAUACGUUUGAAUAGACCCGCUAAAAAUAUAGAUCUUUGUGCCUUAUCCCACAGCCCCAGCACAACCCGAAGGUUAGCCGGUACUCUCGCCUCCGCACGUUUAUAUAAAAGUGCUGAAAAUCCUCGCUGUUUAAAUAUACCCAAGACACAAUAUACAAAGUCUAGGAAUGUUAACGAAGCCACAUCUGCUCGACGCCGCUUGGAUACCGUGGCCGAUUUAACAAAUUCCACUUUACAGAAACGUUUGCAUGAGAAUCCCAUGCAGGGUACAUAUAGUAAUUUACACGAUUCUAAGAAACAGCUGCAUAUUUUCAUGCCCACUUUAGCGAAAAAAAGUUUGCUGAGAAGUGCCGUCUAUGCUGGCGAUGAUGGCAUUAGUGAAUUGAGUCAUAAUUUUAGUGAAUUAUGUAGAAUAUAAUGAAAUUAUUUAAAUUAAAUUGCAAAGCACUUAAGCAGAUUGAGUAAAAAUUAAUUCCAUAGGUUUUACAUUAAGUGAGGUAAUUGCAUGUGGCUAAUUGAGA